CAUACAUCAGUUCCAUCUUGGAAGCCCUGAUGAUCCCCACCAGCCAGGGCUUUGCUGAAGUUCGGGAAGUCUUUUUCAAGGAAGCCACUGACAUGAACAUGAAUAUUGUCAAUGAAGGAGGGACAGAGAAGCUGGGAGAGUACAUGGAGAAACUUUCUCAGCUAGCUUUCCAUCCUGUGAAGAUGCAGUCAUGCUAUGAAAAGAUGGAGCAGUUGAAGCUGGAAGGUCUCCAGCAGCGGUUUGAUGUCUCCAGUGCUUCCGUGUUCAAGCAGCGGGCCCAAAUCCUGAUGAGGCAG